GGGAACAUAAACAUGAGAACUGGAACACAGCCGUUCAUUCUGCUCUAAAUCUGCCGUUUUUCAGACUGAGAAGAAGCAAGCAGGAGGAAUUACUCCAGGAGAAACUACGGACAUACUAUUGUAAAGAUGGAGAUUAAGGAAGAACCCUGCAGAAUAAAAGAUGAAGAUACAGAGGAACAAAUAGACCCGAUGGAAGAGAAUGAAGACAAACAGCAUCAUUUCACAAAUGAAGAUGGAGAACUGAAAUAUAAAAAUGAAGAUAAACAACAUCUGUUUCAAGAAUCUCAUCCUUUCAAAAAUGAAGAUGGAAAUGCAGUCGUUUUAAAGACUGAAGAGAAUUUCACACAAAAACAAGCUGGAAAAUCUGGAGUCAAAGGAUCUUUCACCUGCUCUGAGUGUGGAAAGAGUUUCACACGUAAAUCAGACCUUAAUAAACACAUGAAAAUUCACACUGAAAAAAAUCUGUUCUCAUGCACUCAGUGUGGAAAGACUUUCACUCAGAAAGGCUCUCUCAGAUAUCAUCUACACACUCACUCUGAAGUGAGAUCAUUCAGCUGUGAUCAGUGUGAUAAAACAUUUGUUUUGGCAUCAAGCUUAAAAACACACCUUAAAACUCAUACUGCUCUGAAGCCUCACUUUUGUUCUUUAUGUGGAAAGAGUUUUACACUACUGAAGUAUUUAAAAGUGCAUGAGAGUAUUCAUACUGGUGUGAAACCUCAUGUGUGCUCUGACUGUGGGCAUAGCUUUAUUACAAACACACUGUUAAAAAGACACCAGAGAAUUCACACUGGAGAGAAACCGUUCAAGUGUUCACACUGUGGGAAGAGUUUCGCUCGGUCAGGAGUCAUGAAAGCUCACGAGAGAGUUCACACUGGAGAGAAGCCGUAUCAGUGCUCUUCAUGUGAGAAGAGAUUCAACCAAUUAUCUCAUCUACGGACUCAUAAGAAAAAUCAUUGCCCAAAGUUGUAACUAGAGUACGUCAGCUCCAGUUUGGAUCCAGACUCUUAUGAAGACUUCAGAUGAAGCAUCUCUGAAUCAACAUGCACCAAUGCUACAAUUUUCUAUAUAUCCGAAUCAUUUAUUAACAUGUUCACAUUACCUCAACGAUCACAUUGUUUCUGCUUUAAAUAAAUACAUUGUUAGCUAACUGUGUGAUUUGUAUAAGUACAUUUCUGAAAUGAAUA